AUGCUGAAUAGGUCACAGUAAUUUGAACAGUACUCUCUACAUAUCACCGGGACACACACAUCUGGUCUCUUUGCAGGAACAGUUGACUUACUAAUUGUAGAAAGUUUUUGUCAGAAAUGGAGAGACAGAGAGAGAGAGGGACUCGUAAGGAGACAUUUAAAAAGUGUUUGGACCGUGGUGAAAGAGGGAGAGGCAGAAGAAUUGUCUUUGAAUUUUGACACUAGGAGCAACCUCUUAGUAUUUAUGAGGCUUCGUGAAUCUGGUCCCUGGUCUGUUGAGGAGGAUUUAGAAAUGUGAUGAGUGGUUUAAUCCAGCAGGGGGCAGUAAUGCGACCUCUUGGAUGAAAUCUACCGCUAAAACACCAAAGAAGAAGAAGAAGCCGGUGGAACUGUUUACUAUCAGCACAGUCUGUUGGUCGGGCUCUGUUUUAUUGUUUUAUUGUUUUAUUGACCUCUCUUUGACUGUAGAAAACUAAACUCAUGAGAACUAAACAAUGACUGGCGGCAAAGCAAAGCAGAGAAACCUGAAGCAGGUUUGUUUCCGAGCUGUGAGGACACAUUUCGAUGCUAUAGGACUGGAAGGUGUUCUUGGUCUUCCAACGCCUCUCAUAAGGGAUCUUCUUCCUCACCUGACCAUAUGCCAGCUGGAUGAACUCCAGCCUGCUCUGAAUCAGAGAGGGAUAUCAACGUACUCUGGAUGGAUCGGGAUCCUGCUGGAUAUGUGCAGACCUGAACAGGCUGUGGGUCUCCACACUGAAGAGGAGGCCAAACACGAGGUCAUGAAGUGGCUGUUUACAUUCGUCUUCUAUGGCUUCACUAACCCGUUUGUCAAAAGGAACCUCGCCAAUCUGAACACCCCCUCCUUCCUGUGGGCUGCAGCUAAAUGCCUCACCAGUUUCACGCUUCUCGGGAGUCCAGGCAGUCACAAGAAACUUCAGUGGUUAAUGGACGAGCAGCGGCCGCUUCUGAACCUUUUUGAAAAGCGAAUGAAAACUGUGAAAAUUGUAUCAAACGUCAUGGAUCUCUCAAAGAAGGGCAAUCAGACCGCGCUGUAUAUCUUUCACCGCCUGGCCGACCACGGGGUGGCCGACACAGUUCUUGUACACAGUGACUGUCCCGUGCUGCUGGCCUGGAUCCUCUAUGGAAGGGGAACUCAGCAUGUAUCCCCCGAGCUCAUGAACCUAAUGCACGCCAGAAAGGAGAGCGGUAUUCCACAAGACACUUCAGUCAGAGAAGGCGGGCCCAGUUGCAGCUCUGGUCUUGUUAGCAGUGCCUCAGCUGAUCGGGAUGAUGAAGCAACGCCAUGCAAACGUCCAAAGAUCAGCUUUGUGUCAUCGGAGGAGGAGAAAUCUGGAGUAGCUAACGUGGUCGUAGAACAACAGAUUCUCUGUCGAGCCUUCGCUCCAUGUGAUGGCCCCUCAGCAGGGACUUGUCCAAGGGGCCAGAUUAAACAUCUGGAGUUAAAUAACUGUAGGUCAGACUCCUUUAGAGUGCUGACCGACGCCCUGCCCACCUUUUUCUGCCUUUGUUCUCUGAUCCUGCACAGCUCUUGGACCUUCACAGACUCAGAUAUAUUGUCCCUGGCUAGAGCACUGAGGCGACUGUCUGAGAGCUCCCGCAGCUCCCUGACUGACCUGAGCAUCAGUGCCCUGCCCUACGCCAAACUCAUGGAGACCCUGCUGAAUGCCAGCUCCAAAGUGAAGUCGCUGCAUGUGGAGAUCCAUACCGUGGUCCCUUAUUCCCGGCUUGCAGAGUCAGACACCAAAGAGCUGCCUCUGGAGAAACUCACAGUCAAAGUCACUGAGGUCCAAACAGAUAUGCAGCUUUUCACGUCGGUGCUGAGGCGCUGUCCAAAUCUCACAACACUUCACGUAGCCGGGAUGAGAUUACCAACGGGCUCCUCUCAGAAGCGACUCCUGACCACUCUGUCAGAGUCCAACCAUCACUUGAAGAUUCUUCAUUUGGAGGACAUGAAGCUGUCUGACUGUCUCCCGGAGAUCUUAAAUCUUCUCAAAGUCUGCAAGUUGGAAGAGCUGCGGUUGAAUGACUGCCGCCUCCUUGAGAAGUGGAGUGACAAAGAGGAGAGUUUGAGGCAGUUGGUGACGGCUGUAAAGAAAGUGCCUUCUCUUCACACACUCAGCCUGGCUCAGAAUCGACUAGCCAGGAACGUGUGCGUCCUGUCGGAGCUGUUCUCAGGAUCUUCAGCGAGCUCAGUGAACAGACUGAACAUCAGCUCCAACUUCAUCCAGCCUGCUGAGCUGCUGGAGUUUGCAGACACACUGAGGACUCAUCGCCCCCCACACCGACUGACCCUUGACCUCAGGAAAAACCCAGGAGACCGGGACCCCGACACGUGGGACACUGCACUGAAGAGACUCCGCCCAUUCGGUGUUGUACUUGUUGAAGGAUGGGUAUCCACCCACACGAUGGCCGACCACAUCAGCAACAUGUGAACGAGGCGGCUCUCUCCCUGUUGGACUGAAAUUAAGCUUUUUUUAGAUUUUCUCUCUGAUAGAAAAAGGACUGUGAUCAGUGAGAUGUCAGUUUGGAUGCUUUAACAUUUUCUGGACCUGCAGCUUUCGUUCCUUACCAUACAUACCUACAGUGUGUGCACAAAGGAAGUGUUCUGUGCUUAUUGUAUCCAUAGUGACAUCAGAGAAGUGGAUGAAUCUGUACGGCUGGUUUGGUUAUUUAUUUUUCACACGUCAUUUAAUUUUUAUGCCGUAAAACUUCUAUCAAUGAACCCAGGCUUUUAUCUACUUAAUCCAUGAAAUGAGCCGGCCUUUAUUUGGUACAGGCGUCAAUUCAAGGCAAACCUUUACUUAAACAUCUUAAAGGUCACAUAUUCUCCUCCUCUUCUUCAGUUUAAAUAAGUCUCAGAGCUCCUCAAAACAUGUGUGUGAAGUUUCUUGUUCUAAAUCCACUCUGAUCCUGUAUUUGAUCAUGUCUAUAAACCCCUCUAUUUCAGCCCUGCUCAGAACAGGCUGUUUCUGUGUCUGUACCUUUAAAUAUGUAAAUGAGCUGUGUCUGACCACGCCCCCUUUCUGGAAGGACUUGGGUGUCUUGGUCUUUCUCGCUCCAUGUCCUAUUGUUUACGGUGAGAAGGCAGACUCAGAGGGCAGAACAAACACCUAGCUGUGGGAGUGUCACCCACCUGGGGGAGGGGCUACUGCCCUUUGUGAUGUCAUGAAGGGAAAAUCUCCAAACGGCCUGUUUGAGCACACAUUUUCUGAAAAGUGGAGCAGGAAGAAGACGGAGAGGAUGGACUUUUCUCAUCAUUGGGGGGUUUGUAGACAGACUAGAGACACAUGUUAAGAGUUAGAGGAACAUGGGGAAGAGGAUUUUGAAUAUGUGACCUUUAAGUUACAAACCAAGAAUUUGAUGUUGCUUUUUAAGACCGUACGCUGCACUAGCUUCAUUCUGUCUUGAUGUUGAGGUAUUCUGUGAGUCUUGCUGCUUUAUCUCCGUAUAUUCAAUCCACAGCGACCUCUAACGAAGAGCUGCCUUUAUUGGUUAAAACAUGUGGCUACACCAGGCAGGUAAAAGGGGCGGGGCCUUGAAUUGGGAUGGGUGUUUAUUAGAAGUUUUACGGUAUGUUACAUGAAAUAUGUUGCUGAAUUUGUUCUCUUGUUUUGAAGUGAAACAGCAGCCCGUGUUAGUUUGACAUUUGAAUCUUUUAUUAAACCAACAUCUGUUACA